AUGAGCUUGGCCCUUCGGCGAGGGACGUGCCAGCCCCUGCGCUGGGCGGCAUCCUCUAGCACCGCUACCAUCCGACCAUGCAUCGCCAUCACAACCAUCACAAAGGCCAAUGUGGCCACCCGUCGUCACAUCCACUCCUCUGAGCGACGCACCUCCACCCUCGCCGAGCACCCCAUCCCCGACCCUAUCCCUCCUCCCGUCGGUACCGGUCGUGCGCCCCUCUCCGUCCUGCCCUUGAGCAUGAUCGUGCGAUCUCUGGCUACCAUGGUCGUUUCGUCGUCGCCUCUUCUUCUGCCUCCCUCGCUGCGCAUCAUGAACGUCCUGGCCAACACCACAAACUCCAUCCUCAACUCGGACACGAACCCCGUCCUCCGAUACUUCCUCAAGAAGACCUUUUAUGCCCAGUUCUGCGCCGGCGAGAACCCCGCAGAGAUUAAGGCCACCAUUGCUGGACUCAAGAACAUUGGCUUCACUGGUGUGAUUCUCAACUAUGCCCGUGAGGUCGUCCUUACCGAGGACCAGGCUGGUGCCCUCAAGAACGGCGCCAUGGAGACGGAGGAAUGCAUUCGAAACGAGAUCGUGCCUUGGGCCCAGGGUACUCUCGAGACGGUCCGAAUGGCUGAGCCCGGUGACUUUGUCGCUCUCAAGUUCACUGGCGCCGGCAGCAUCGCCCUGUAUCAGCUCAAGGAUCGCCUUCCUCCCAGCCCCGCCCUGUACAAGUCCAUCGACUCCAUCUGCCAGCUUGCCCAGGAGCGAGGUGUCCGCCUCCUCUUUGACGCCGAACAGGACAUGCUCCAGGACGGCAUCGAUGACUGGACUCUCGAGUUCACCCGCAAGUACAACAAGGGUCUUGGUGAGGCUGUCAUCUUUGGCACGUACCAGGCUUACAAGAAGAACUGCCCCGAGGUCCUAUCCCGACACCUCGCCCUCGCCCAGGUCGAGAACUUUGCCCUCGGUGUCAAGCUUGUCCGCGGCGCCUACCUGAACUCGGACCCCCGUGAGCUCUUCCACGACACGAAGGAGGAGACCGAUGCCUGCUACGACUCUCUCGCCGCCAGUGUCCUCACCCGUCAGUGGAAUGCUGAUGUCAAGGGUGAGGGUGAGUACCCCGCCACCAGCCUCGUCAUUGCGUCGCACAACGCCGAGUCUGUUCGCCGAAGCCGUGCCAUCUGCGACGCUGGCCGCGCCAAGUCGGACAUUGCUUUUGCCCAGCUCCAGGGUAUGGCCGAUGAGGUCAGCUGCGAGCUGGUCGAGGCCGGCCAGGCGGAUAAGACCAAGGUCCUGCCCGCUUACAAGUACCUCGUCUGGGGAACUACUGGCGAGUGCAUGAAGUAUCUCCUCCGACGAGCACACGAGAACAAGGACGCCGUCCAGCGUACCAAGGGCAGCCGGGAUGCCCUGUGGUCCGAGUUGGUCCGACGAUGCAAGAGCGCCGUCGGCUUGGCGUAA